AUGAUUGCCUCUCUCUUUUCAGCAUCCCUCCUUGGGCUUGCAGCUGCCAUUCCUUCCCCCCCAGAGCCUCUGCUGUUUUCACGCGCGGCCUGCUCGGGCAACACUGCGAAUACUCGGUCGGAAUGGUGCGACUUUUCCGUUGAUACCGACUACACAAGCAUAGCCCCUGACACCGGUGUCACUCGUGAAUACUGGUUUGAUAUUACCGAGACCACGGCCUCCCCUGAUGGUGUGGAAAGAUACGUUCAAGCCAUCAAUGGUAGUAUUCCAGGCCCUACGAUCAUUGCCGAUUGGGGUGAUACUGUCAUUGUCCACGUUACCAAUUCCAUCGCAGAGUCGACAAAUGGAACCAGCCUUCACUUUCACGGCAUUCGUCAAAACUUUACCAACCAGAAUGACGGAGUUCCGUCAAUCACCCAAUGCCCGACAGCCCCAGGCUCGAGCAUGACGUACACUUGGAAAGCUCUCCAGUACGGGAGUGGGUGGUACCACUCUCAUUUCGCCUUGCAGGCAUAUCAGGGCGUUUUCGGCGGAAUCGUCAUCAACGGUCCGGCCACCUCGAACUACGACGAAGAUCUCGGCCACCUAUUCUUGAAUGACUGGAGCCACCAAACAGUUGAUCAGCUAUUCCACGCCGCCCAGACGACUGGACCCCCCACUCUCAAUAACGGCCUCAUCAACGGUACGAAUGUGUUUGGUGAAGAUGGUGAAGCAGGCCAGGUCGGCUCACGGUUCGCCGUCUCUCUCACCGAAGGCAACUCCUACAGACUUAGAAUCGUCAACGCUGCAGUCGAUAGCCACUUUAAGUUCAUGGUUGACAACCAUACCUUGACGGUGAUUGCUACGGAUUUUGUGCCAAUCGAGCCCUUCACAACAGAUAUCCUGAGCAUCGGGAUGGGUCAAAGAUACGAUGUAAUCAUCACAGCUAACCAAGCCAACGUUGCGGACAGCUUUUGGAUGAGGGCCAUUCCACAGUCCGCAUGCAGCGAGAAUGAGAGCCAAGAUAACAUCAGGGGAAUCGUGCGCUACGGCAGCUCCACGGCUACUCCGUCUACAUCUAGACCCGACAGCUACUCAGAGGGGUGCGAGGAUAUGGACGUUUCGAACCUCGUGCCGCACGUCGCGAAGACUGCCAGUUCCAUCAGCAGCAAAGGCGUUGAGCAAGCAACAGUAGGAUUUAAUGAGAAGAACCUAUUCCGCUGGUACUUGAACUCGACUACGAUGCUUGUCGAGUGGGGCGACCCUACCCUACUGGCCAUCCAGCGGGGGCAGACGACCUGGGAUACUUCCGACGCCGUCAUCGAGUUGCCUAACGCUGAUGAGUGGGUGUACAUUGUUAUCGAGACCGCUCUGGCCAUCCCACACCCAAUCCACUUGCACGGCCACGAUUUCCUUGUCCUUGCCCAGGGGUCCGGAACGUUCAGUGACUCCGUCACUUUGAAUACCAACAACCCGGCUCGAAGAGACACGGCGAUGCUUCCAGCCUCGGGAUACCUCGCUCUCGCUUUCGAGACCGAUAACCCCGGUGCCUGGCUCAUGCACUGCCACAUCGGCUGGCACACCAGUGAAGGAUUUUCGCUGCAGUUUAUCGAACGGUACGAUGAGAUUGCCGGGUUGAUUGAUUCGGACAUCCUCAACAGUACUUGUAGUGCAUGGGCUACUUAUGAAGAGCAGUUCAGUGUAGAACAGGAGGACUCGGGUCUAUAG